AUGUACGUGUCCUACGAGUGGGUCACGACCGAUAGGUACAGUGCGGAGGACCCGAAGCAGGUGGAGAUCAUUCAUGGGAUUGAGAGAGGUGAUGCAUUGCCUGGAUUGAGGAGGUACGAUGAGGUUGCAGACACUGCGAGGAAGGUUGGAUUCGAAGUUGUGAAGGAGAAGGAUCUGGCGAAACCCCCUUCAAAACCAUGGUGGCAGAGGUUGAAGAUGGGAAGGAUUGCUUACUGGAGAAACCAUAUCUUGGUGAUUCUGCUAUCUUGGAUUGGGAUCGCACCUAUGGGUGUUGUCGAUGUCCAUGAGAUGCUAUUCGUGACCGCUGAUUACCUGGCCAGAGGUGGGAAGACUGGGAUUUUCACUCCGAUGCACAUGAUCCUCUGCAGGAAGCCGGAAUCCUCACCUUCCUCCUCGUAG